AUGAAGCACCAGGAGAAAAUGCCAUACACUCGCGCAUUUAUUCAAGAAAUAUUUCGGUAUCGACCAACAUUACCGCUUGCUAUUGCCCACGAAACCACAUCUGAAAUCCGCAUCGGAAAUUUCAAGAUACCAAAAAAUACGAUGAUUACACCAAACAUUUGGGCGGCUCAUCGUGAUCCAAAGACAUUCGAAAACCCAAACAAGUUUCGACCUGAAAGAUUCAUCGAUGAAAAUGGCGGUUUUAUUCCUUGUGAUGAUGUGAUUCCGUUUUCUAUUGGAAAUCGUCAUUGCAUUGGAGAACACAUUGCAAGGAUGGAAGUGUUUUUAUUCUUCACAACUUUGCUCCAAAGGUUUAAGAUCAGUGCAAGUAAAGACAAACCAUUACCGUCAUUUGAUGAAGGAGUUUUUUCGAUUGGCUACAGUCCAAAGAAAUUUGAUAUAUGGUAUUUUGCUUCUCACAUUCCAAAUCCGAUUAUGCCCAACAAUUCAAAAACAGCCUGUGAAAUGAUCUCAUCAAGAAAUGGAGCUGGAAAGAAUGGAGAGUUUCUUGUAAAGUGA